AUGGAUGAGUUUAUGAAUCCUUUCAGUGACAUGUUUGCUUUCAUGGGAAAAACCGGAGAUGAUACAUCAAACAACACAAAUGAGAACGUUUCAAAUCCGAGUACGAAGAAAACUCUGUCUGAUGCUUUAAGUGUGGAGAGUGCUUAUGGGACGUACAACAAACCUCCCAAACUGAUGGCGAUUGAAGAAUACAAUAGAUGGGCUAAAAUAUUUGAAGAGUGGCUAAAAGCGUUUGCGUACCCAAGCUGGAAAAGCUUGAAGAAUGGUUACAAUAUUGGAAGAUUAGAUUAUGAACAUUUAGAAGGCACUGAGAGUGUAGAAAGUUUUGUUGCUGAACAAAAGUGCAUUGCAUUGCUUCAUCAGUCUGUGAGAGACGACAUAAUAUCUUUGAUUGAGUACACAAAUGUAAAAGAUCUAUGGGAGAAAUUGAGAGUGAAAUGUGUGGGUAGUGCUGAGAUAGUCAAAAACAAAAAGAAGUUGUUAAGAAAAGAGUUUGAUUUAUUUAGCUGUUUGAAAAACGAAUCUGUUUCUAAGAUGAUUGAAAGAUUUUGGCAUUUGAAGAUGGAGCUGGCAAGACAUGGAAUCAUUUAUUCUCAAGAAGAGUUAGUUGACAAACUGUUUGACUUGCUGCCGAAUGAGCAAGACUGGCAAUACUUUGCCCUGAUGCUGAAAAACACAAUCAAGUCAGAAGAUUUGACAGUAGAUCUGCUUAUCGAAAGAUUGGAGAGCCAUGAGUUAGAGAUCAAGAAAUCCAGCAAAAUCAACAACUCAUCUUAUCAGGAGAAUGUGGAGCUGUAUUACAGAGGUAGUAUGAUCCCAAAGACUGUGUCUCCAAAAACAGCUUUAUCAGCAGAAAGUUCAAACACAGUGAAUCAAGAAGCUCCAAGCAGUGGCUAUCAUACUGGAUCAUCAUCAACUUCUCAAGGUCAAUCAGUUCCAAAGAAUAUGUUUCAAUGCAACAUUGCUGUGGAUCUCAAAAACGCACAGAAUUUCAGUGAAGAAUCCGCAAAACAGCAAAUGGUGUUCUUAGCUUCUGUUGUAGAAUCGUACGAGAGCCUCGUGGCGGACUCAGUUAGUAUUGAAACUGUCAUCCAAGAAAUUGCUGAUUAUGAAGAAGGAAAUCAGAGAAUGUGGUGGGGAGGAGCAGAAGAAAAAGAAAAGGAAAAAGAGCUGCAGACAAAGAAAGUGGAUGAUGGGAUUAUUGACACAUCACAAGAGUUUACUGCAGAAAAUCUGAAAAAGAUGGCUGACAAAGUUCUUACUGCAAAGGAGCUAGAGGUAGUUUCUGGUUCUGGAAAUGGGUCUAAAAGCAAGGUUAGUCAGAAUGAUGCAAUCAGUGAGUCAGGUAAGAAAGCUAAAACUAAGAGCGACUACAAAAAUUGCAUGAAAAACUGCAAGGUUUGUAGUACACUUGCUUACCUCAACGGUGAAAAGACGGUAGAACUGGCAAAAAGAGUCAGAGACGUUGAAGAUCAGAUCUUAAACCGUGACAAAAUGCUAAAAGCUUCAAAUGAACGAUUAAAAGAAUUAACUGAGAAAAUCGAAAAAGAUAAAAAUGGUGAGCUUCUGAGAUCCGUUUCGCGAUGGAUUAUGGAUAGUGGAGCUUCUCAGCACAUGCCAGGGAAGAAAACCCUGUUGUACGAUGUUAGAGGGUUUAAUGGAGGAUAUGUGGGUUUUGCAGGAAAUCAAGGAGGUCGAAUAGUUGGUGAAGGAACUCUAUCUAAUGGUAUUGUCACAUUUGAAAGAGUGAACUACAUCGCCGAGCUAGAGAAUAAUCUUCUGAGUAUUUCUCAAAUUUGUGAUAGAAUAUUUUCGUGGGUAUCAUUUCCGAAGUAUAAAGAUGAGACGAUUGAAAGUUUGAUGGCGUUGUUCAGAAAGAUUGAAAACUUGUACCAGACACGAAUUAGAAGAAUCAGAAGUGACAACGGUACUGAGUUAAAGAACAACAAAAUGGAAGAAUAUUGUGAUGAGAGAGAAGCAGUAUCAGCUGCUUGCUAUACGCUCAACCGGGUUCUCACGGUAAAGAAAUUCAACAAAACGUGUUUCGAGCUGAUCAACAACCGCAAGCCGAAUCUGAAGUAUUUAAAAUCGAUUGGGUCUCCCUGCACCGUUCUAGAGCCUUUUGGUAAAUUUGGUCUAAAGAGUAUCGAUGGGAUAUUUGUGGGUUACUCAAGUCCACUAAGACGUGUCUUUGUUCCAAGCUUAAAGCAGAUCAUCGAAGCAUCAAAUGUUGAAUGUCAAGGUUACACAAUGCCACCGUAG